ACUGCUUAGUUGUGAGAAGUCAGUGCCCCUUUCAAGGACAGAAAGAGUGAGAGAGAGCUAUAAAGAAACAGAAAUUGAUAGAGAGAGAGAGAGGUUUUGGUAAUCCAUAUAAAAUACUAUAGAGAGAGAGAGAAGGAAAGAGAAAAUAAUAAAUAAAAAAACAAGAGAGAGAAAGAGAGGUUGAAGAAAGCAAGGCAAGAGCAUUGAAGGGAAAGGAGAGGAAAAGAGAGGAAUUUUGUCUGGGUAAUGUAGGGGGAGAAAGGGGGCAAAGCUUCAACAUUUGGUCUGUGAAAAACUUAGCAAAAACUCUCAAUCCCAUAAAAACCCAUUUCUUCCUUUUUACUGCUUUUUUGUCUCUUCACCGUUUCUCCGGCGACAUCGCCGGAAUUUAUCGCCGGGAAAGCUCACUCACUUUCAAACAAACUACCCCAUAUUUUUUUUCCAGUUCAAAAUCCACCCUUUAUUCCAUUUCUUCAAAAGUUUGAUUUUUUUCUUGUUUGCUGAGCUGAUCUAAGCUAAAAAAUCUGCUCGACUUUAUAAUUUUCUUACUGGGUUUCUUUUGAAGCUCACGUUUUGAGCUUGUAAAAGUUUAAACUCAUGAGAAAGUGAGGAACUCGUUUUGGAUCAAAAAGACUCUUGCUUUGUUGAAUUUAUAUAAGGAAACCAUGAAGUCACCGGCCAACGGUGCCGCCACCGCAGUCACCAACGGUGAAGGGGUAGAGAAGAAGAGCAUAAACCCUGAGUUAUGGCAAGCAUGUGCAGGACCACUAGUGAACUUGCCGGCGGCCGGAACUCAUGUGGUCUACUUCCCUCAAGGGCAUAGUGAACAGGUUGCAGCAUCUUUGAAGAAGGAUGUGAAUGCGCAAAUUCCAAACUACCCAAAUCUUCCCUCGAAGCUGCUGUGUCUCCUUCACAAUGUCACCUUACACGCGGACCCUGAAACAGAUGAAGUUUAUGUUCAGAUGACACUUCAACCUGUUUCUUCUUUUGACAAGGAUGCAUUAUUGAGGUCAGAUCUUGCACUGAAGUCAAAUAAACCACAGACAGAGUUUUUCUGUAAAACAUUGACAGCAAGUGAUACAAGCACUCAUGGAGGUUUCUCCGUGCCUCGCCGUGCAGCUGAAAAGACAUUCCCGCCUCUUGAUUUCUCCAUGCAACCACCUGCUCAAGAACUUGUAGCUAGGGAUUUGCAUGAUAAUGUUUGGACUUUCCGGCAUAUCUAUCGUGGACAACCAAAGCGUCACUUGCUUACAACUGGGUGGAGCUUAUUUGUCAGUGGGAAGAGGCUUUUUGCCGGUGACUCAGUUUUAUUUAUGAGAGAUGAAAAGCAGCAGCUUCUAUUGGGCAUCAGAAGGGCUAACAGGCAACCUACCAACUUAUCAUCAUCGGUAUUGUCAAGUGAUAGCAUGCAUAUUGGGAUCCUAGCUGCUGCAGCCCAUGCAGCAGCAAACAAUAGCCCCUUUACCGUGUACUAUAAUCCAAGGGCAAGUCCAUCAGAAUUUGUUAUCCCUUUAGCCAAGUAUUACAAGGCAGUGUACAGCAACCAAAUAUCACUUGGCAUGCGCUUCCGCAUGAUGUUUGAAACUGAAGAGUCAGGAACAAGAAGGCAUAUGGGCACCAUUACUGGUAUCAGUGAUCUUGAUCCUGUAAGAUGGAAAAACUCACAAUGGCGUAAUUUGCAGGUUGGUUGGGAUGAGUCAACUGCUGGUGAAAGACGCAAUCGAGUCUCAAUCUGGGAGAUCGAACCAGUGACUGCUCCAUUUUUCAUAUGUCCUCCUCCAUUUUUUAGAUCUAAGCAUCCAAGGCAACCGGGAAUGCCAGAUGAUGAUUCCACUGAUUUAGAUAGCCUAUUCAAGAGGACUAUGCCUUGGCUUGGUGAUGAUAUCUACAUGAAAGAUCCCCAGGUUCUCCCUGGCCUAAGCCUAGCCCAGCGAAUGAACAUGCAGCAAAACCCUUCACUGGCAAACUCAAUGCAGCCCAAUUAUAUGCAAUCGUUGUCAGGGUCUGUUCUGCAGAAUCUUCCUGGAGGUGAUCUUUCCCGCCAGUUAGGCUUGUCAUCACCUCAAAUGCCUCAGCCAAACAACUUACAGUUCAAUGCCCAAAGGCUGCCUCAGCAAGCACAACAGCUUGAUCAGCUUCCAAAGCUACAGUCCUUGCUCAACCCACUGGGUUCCAUCAUACAGUCACAGCAACAGAUGGGUGACAUCACUCAACAAUCGAGGCAAAAUAUGAUGGCUCAAACUCUACCCUCAAGUCAAGUUCAAGCCCAACUUCUGCAGCCUCAAACUCUUGCCCAGACCAAUAACAUUCUUCAGCAACAGCCAUCUAUUCAAAGCCAUCAGCUUCUUAGAAACCUUCCGCAAACCUUGCACCAGCAGCAGCAGAAUCAACAGCAACAUAUUAUGGGUCAGAACCAGCAGCAAAGCCUAAUGCAAUCUCAGUUGUCUGAUCAAGUAAACCAACAUAUGCAAAUGUCUGACAAUCAGAUUCAGUCUCAAUUGAUGCAGAAGCUUCAGCAACAACAGCAAUCAGUUUCAGCUCAGCAAUCUGCUAUGCAUCAGGCUGGUCAACUUGGUCAGCUUCAAGAUUCACAAAGGCAGCUGCUGGAUGCAUCCCAGAGUUUUUCUAGGUCCAUGACACCCAGCCAAAUGGUGGAAAUCCCUCAAACAACACCCACUUCUCUCCCUCAGCCAAAUACUAUUCCACAGCAGAUGACUAAGAGUAACAACCAAACCAAUGCUCGAUUCUCACAUCUGCCUCAACAGCUGAAACCUCAACAACAGCAUUCUGGCAUCAUGCUGUUGUCAGAAAUGGCUGGUCACAUGGGACUUCCGCUGAGCUCAAUGGCCAAUCAGCUCUCCACAGCUGGUAGCAGUAUAUUGACUGCAGCAGCUGGACCAGGACAGUCUGGUAUCACUGAUGAUGUUCCUUCCUGUUCUACUUCACCUUCCACAAACAAUUUUCCAAACAUAGUUCAACCAAUGAUCAACGGCUGGGCCCACCGAAGCACAGCAAUGGGAGAGGACAUGGCUCAGUCUGCCGUGACACUCUUUAGCCCUAGUGCAUUGGAAACCGUGUCCUCUAAUGGUAAUUUAGUUAAAGAUCUGCUGCAGAAAUCUGAGGUUAAGCCAUCAUUGAACAUCUCCAAGAAUCAAAACCCAGGUUUAUUUUCCUCACAAACAUACCUAAAUGGGGUAGCUGCCCAGAUAGAUUAUUUGGACACAUCAUCUUCUACAACUUCUGUUUGCCUAUCACAAAAUGAUGUCCAUUUGCAGCAGAAUAACAAUUCACUGUCAUAUAAUCCCCAAUCAGUGUUGUUGAGAGACGCAAGCCAUGAUGGUGAGCUCCAGGGAGAUCCGAGGAAUAAUAUUUUGUAUGGGACAAACAUUGAUAGCCAACUUGUGAUGCCAAUAAAUUCUGACCAUUUAUUAACAAAGGGCAUGAUGGGGCUGGGGAAGGACUUCUCAAAUAAUCUCUCUUCAGGAGGCAUGCUUACAAAUUGUGAAAAUUCCAAAGAUCCUCAACAGGAGCUUUCAUCGGCAAUUGUUUCCAAGUCAUUUGGAGUUCCAGAUAUGCCAUUCAAUUCAAUUGACUCAACAAUCAAUGACAGUAGCUUAUUGAAUAGAGGUUCUUGGGCUCCUCCACAGCAACAGUUUCAGCGAAUGCGAACAUAUACAAAGGUGUACAAGCGUGGAGCUGUUGGAAGGUCAAUUGACAUAACGCGGUAUUCAGGUUAUGACGAGCUUAAGCAGGAUCUGGCUCGUAGGUUUGGUAUAGAGGGACAGUUGGAAGAUCAACAAAGGAUAGGCUGGAAACUUGUUUACACUGAUCACGAGAAUGAUGUCCUGCUAGUGGGGGAUGAUCCUUGGGAAGAGUUUGUGAACUGUGUCCGCUGCAUCAAGAUCCUGUCUCCUCAAGAAGUCCAACAGAUGAGCUUGGAUGGAGAUUUUGGCAACUCUGUCCUUCCUAAUCAAGCCGGCAGUAGUUCUGAUAAUGUCAAUGCAUAAAUUAGCCCACGAAGAUGCCAACAAUUCUUCUUCCACGUGGGGACCUUGUAUUACUUGUAGGAUUCUGUUAAUAGCUUUUCUAUGACUCCAUCGCAUCUGGGCUUUUCCAUCGCCUGCCUGCUGGAUUUUUCCAAGCACCUGCAAUGAUCAAGUGAGAUUGCAAACCUGUUCUAGGCCAGUUAGAGCUCAAUUUUUCCUCUUAGCCUAGUUGUACAUUAGAAAACACAGGUCAGAAGCACGAAACUAGAGGUUUCUGCACCCGAACCAUCAAUCCCUUGGUCCAAAAGUUGAUUGGUUCAGCUCGGUGAAGAAUCCAGUUUGGUGCAUGCCCUUUAAGCCUAUCUACUUGAUGCUGUCUUGAUGCCUUUAGUUAACUAUGUUUACAAUGGUAAAGAAUUCUCCCCCUCAAAUGUGUUGUAGCAAGCAAAAUCAUAAAUUUGGUUGAUGAGUUCCGAGUUUAAAUGUGUAAAGUUCUUCAGUUUUGCAAUAGAAUAGCCUCUAAAUUUGAAGGUUCCAA